UCUGUAUAAAAAUCCAACAUGUCUCGAAGGUAUGAUUCCAGAACAACAAUCUUUUCUCCAGAAGGGAGGUUGUACCAAGUUGAAUAUGCAAUGGAGGCGAUUGGUCAUGCUGGAACCUGUCUUGGAAUCCAGACAAAUGACUGUGUUAUACUGGCAGCAGAACGACGAAACACCAACAAACUUCUAGAUGAGGUGUCAUAUUCAGAAAAAAUAUACAAACUUCAUGAUGACAUGGCUUGUAGUGUUGCUGGAAUCACAUCAGAUGCUAAUGUAUUGACAAAUGAGUUGAGGUUAUCUGCCCAAAGAUAUAUGAUUGCCUACCAGGAGCCUAUGCCCUGUGAACAAUUGGUUAGCUCUCUAUGUGAUUUGAAACAGGCCUACACACAAUUUGGAGGUAAGCGUCCAUUUGGAGUGUCUAUUCUGUACAUGGGAUGGGACAAACACUAUGGAUUCCAGUUGUAUCAGAGUGACCCCAGUGGUAACUAUGGAGGCUGGAAGGCGACCUGUAUUGGUAAUAACAGUGCUAAUGCUGUGUCAAUGCUGAAACAAGAGUAUAAAGAGGGAGAGAUGAGCAUGAAAGAUGGCCUCAUGCUUGCUGUGAAGGUGUUGAGUAAAACACUUGACAUGACUAAGCUGACAGCAGAAAAAGUUGAAAUAGCCACACUAACAAGAGAAAAUGAGAAAACAGUGAUCAGAAUCUUAACAGCAGAAGAAGUCACAGAAUAUAUUAAAAAACACGAAGAAGAAGAAGCUAAAGAAGAAGCAGAGAAAAAGAAAGAAAAAUAAACUGGUGACAUUUUCAGAAGUUGUAAUACAUUUUGGAGAAUUAUGUCCUGAUACAAGGGUCCACAAUGUGCAUUGAUAGUAAGACUAUCAAUUCAGGAAUUUGUAAGACGGAGAAUGACAGAGAAAGAAUUAAUUACUGAAGUAUCAUAUUUCAUAACAAUUGUGAGACUUCAUUUCCAGAAGAAAAUGUACGCUGCAAACUGCAGUGUGUAACAAAUAGCUAGGGUACAAUAAUAUUUCAAGUGUUCUAACUUGCAGCAAAUUGUUGGCAGGAAACAAUGUUGAUUUGAAAAUCUUUUAGGUAGUUGAGGUUAAAAUUUCAACAUAAGAAAGUGCUCAUUUUGUUAUCCCUCUUCUUCAAUUGGUCAUCCAGGAUCGAUAACACAGAGAUGAAAGCCCAUUUGUAUAUUACAUUGAUGCCAAUAUGAAUUAGAGAAUUACUAUAUGAAAGUUUACAUUGUUUUGUCAUCUUCUUUCUUUACAAUGUGAUCACAGACGUUACGUCAUCAACUUUUGUAGAUUAAAUUGUUCAGAAAAUCUU